UGUGCCGACACAUUUCUGAGACUCGCUGAGAGACUAACAGAAAAGCUUCCAGAGCAAACCACACAGAACACAGAGAACAUGUACUCACGAUCAAACAGUGUGACCAUGACGGUCCAGCGGGAGAGCUUCGCCUUCUCCAGGAUGGCGACCCGCAGCACGGAGCCCGAGGUCUUCACCUUCGAGCGGAUACCGGCUCAGGCCACCGCCGUCAGCUCCUACGUGCCACUGCGGCCGAAGAAGCGCUGCACCCGGGUGAUGUAUCCUGCUAAAGUCCGCAUGCACCUUCCACCACCAGAGAAGAACCAGGCCAAGCGCUGGCUGAUCAUCCUGUGUCUGGUGGUGCUGUGGCAGAUCUACACCGAGGAGCCCUGCGCAGAGACGCCGCUGACCAGCGCAGACAGCUCGGUCAGCGACUACCAGGGUUUCCCCUUCCAGUCCGCGGAGGAGCAGGCGCUGCAGCUCAGCUCCGGCUCCGAGCUCCUGACCUCCACACCGAGCAGCUGUGAGGACGACGGCUCGUUCAGUGAACAGAUCAUCUCCAACACCUGCCCCGAGUCCGGCCAGGAGACAGAGAGCAGCGGCUUUGAGCAGAGCGCAGGGAAAAGCUACGUGGUGGCCCUGCUGGUGUACCACAGACUGGGCAGCGACAACUGAAGCUCCAGGCACGAGUUCACCCGAAGACCGCCAGAGUCUGGGAUCCAAACUGAACCGAGCUGGAGAUGAUCCUGAGCAGCUGCCGGAGAACAGCGGUGCGCCCCGCGCGGCGCAGCCGGGCAGAGAGCUCCAAACGCCGUCUCCUCCCCGCCAGCAGUCCCCCUGAGAGGAGGACACAGUCUGGAAUGGGACACAGAAAGACAGAGAAGGAGAAAGAACUGUGAACACUUCUAAGAACUGAAACUUGAACUCUAAACACUUGAACUGUGUGAUAUCUCCACACCAACUCUAACUGCACUUAACAGACCUGAGGGCCAACUGGAUGUUUUACAUGUUGAAUAAUGUCAUUGCAAACUGUCACUCCUGUAGGCCACCGAGCUGAAACUGACACUGUCUGUUGUCUACAUGUCUUAUUUAGUUAUUUAUUGUAUUUGCUAUUUAUUAAUAAUAAUUUUAAUAAUAAAACAUGUCAAAAUGAA